ACGAUCCUCAGUCCCAUCAAAAUCCCACUCCCCAACCCCCAAUCAGGCAACCAAAACCAACGGAAAUGGCGGAAGACACCCGAGACCCCUCCGCAAGCCCAGGCGUAACCGACAAAACCCGCAGCAUCCCCCUCGACCCAGAAAAAAGCCCCACAGCGCCGAACGCCACACCAAACGACUAUGCCGCAACCCAGCCAGCCACUCUCUCGGAAGCUGUCAAAACAAUCCACACGGAAGACUUCAAGAAAGUGCACUUGCAGCCAUGCGUCCGGAAUGCCUUUCUCUAUGGGAUUAUCGCCGGGUUUGCGUUUGGGGGGUUGAAGCUUGUUCUUCGAGGUAUGCCCCUUCCUCCAUUUCCCCAAAAGGAGAGAAAGGAAGCAAGGAUUUUACUGAUCUGCUUUGCAGCGCCAGUACCCAAUGCGGCGAAUUGGGCCGCUGGAACGUUCGCGGGAGCUAGUGCGGUUACUUAUGAGACCUGUCAGUACCGGAGGCAGAAGGAGAGGGCGGGGGUGCAGAAGGUUGUGGAGAUUAUUGAUCGGAGGAAGGCUGAGAGAGAAAAGGCCCUCACAGAGAGGAGGGAGGCGAGUAGGAGAGCUGCUGUGGAGAGGGCUGCAAAGAAGGAGGCAGAGAGGCUGGAGAGCUUAAAGCCGUGGUAUAAGAAGCUUUUUUGAAGACGAAAUGGGGUGGGAUAGUGGACGGAAAGGUAACUGUACAUCAGGUGUAAAUAAUAAUUUUGGCGUCAUUGGUUUUGCUAAACUUGACUCGGAUUCCAGGUCCAUAGAGAUGCCUGGUGCCAUGGAUCACGAACUACGGGCGACCGUGCGAUGUAAGCCUGGAUUAAGUGAGUAAACAAGAAGUAUUGUAGUGAAUAGCAAUACCUGCUGUAAUGAAAUACCAUAUCAAAAACAAUACCAUAUCAUAUCAUACCGAUAAGACAGAUCGAUGUCAAGCCAAAUCGUUAAUAUAAACCCCCAUCCCCCAAACUCUAAAACACCCAUUACCAUAGCCAUACACCUAUGAGAAGAAGCUAGAAAAAAGAAAAAAGCAGAAAAAGCCAAAUCCAUCAUCUUUAACCCCAUGCCAGUCCCGAAAUAUACAGCCCUACUCCAGCAACCCAAUAUAUGAACAUAUACUCCAAUCCGGUCAGCGACAAAAGCAAAGAAAGGAGAAAAGAAAGAAAAACCGAAACCCAAAGAUACGCCAUCCAGCUACCCAAACCGCAUUUACAAUCCCCGCACAACAAGCCUAUCAGCACCAGCAAGACUAAAUAUCAAAAUGCACUCUUUUCCUCCGUCUGCGGCAACCCUCUUCGUCCUCCUCCCCUUCGGAUCUGUGCGCAAGGCCCUUCGUCACCGCAGCCACGGUCGCAGAACCACUAUUAGUAUUCGUGAAGCUCUUCCUCCUCCUCCUUUCCCAACUCCGUUUCUCCCGUGCUUCCUUAGACACACGGGUUUUAUAUUCUCGAAUCUGC